CCAAACAGAGACGAUCUGUGUGCAGGGCGCCGUGUUUACAGCGAACACGGCAGACUGCAGACUGACCGGAGGAGACUCUGUGUACCUGUACAUUAAUCUGUCCAGCUCCGCUCCCCGAUCAGCUCUCUGUCGACGGAGGGCAUUAGACAGCAAACGGACUUGACCUGACCCAAAGCAAUAAGGUCAAAUACUCCAUCCACCGCUGAUAUGAAGGUGAAUUACUCCUACCACAACAACGCGGUGUGUAUGUGCAUGAUGAGCGGCUGAGGAGGAGGAGGAGGAGGAGGAGGAGAAGAAGAAGGAGGCUGCGGUCUGAAACUAGAUUUUAUCCUGGAUAUUUCGAAACAAACGUCGUGUCGUUCACCCAACGGGACUGCGUGUCGAUUUAAUAUGUCCCUGUAUGCCCUAGGCAGCCCAUUUCCAUCCCGAUUAUAAGGGGUUUUUUCACACGUUUUGUGCCUCCUGAGGAUCCUCCAGCAGCGGGACGGUGGACGCUUUUCCUCCAGAUAUGGAGCGUGAAGAUGCGGAUUACAGAGGAAUCCCCGCCGCUAGUUUAACCGCUCUGGUUUCAUUACACAAAUCAACGUGGUGUUGUUUUUGGCAGGAAUAAAAACAGAACUAUGAAUUCAUAUUUUCUAGACAGAGGAAUAAAUCGGUGAUUUUUGGGACUCCCACUAGGAAACGUGAGAAAGCUAUCCUGCUAGUAGCUAUUAGCUCCAUUAGCCGGCUAACUGCUAAAAGGUGCUGGCUGCAGAUUAAAAAGCUUUUUAAUAAUUCUGAGCAGGUUUUGCCCACGUUUCCUCCCCUCGACAUAUUUAUUUACAGGAUUUGGGAGGAUUUACUCAUCCAGGAAUGAGGUCUCGAACGGAAAGGAGCCGCUUGACCUUGUUUUGGGGUCUGAUGCUGGGUCUGUCGUCCUGCCUCCGGCCCGCCACCGCAGAGAUCUGUGGUCCCGGCAUCGACAUUGGAAACGACAUCACUGAAUUCAAGCGUCUGGAGAACUGCACAGUGGUGGAGGGCUACUUGCAGAUUCUCCUCAUCGGUGACAAAAACAACAACAACAUCAACCAGGAAGUCUUCCGCUCCCUCAGCUUCCCCAAGCUGACCAUGAUCACUGACUUCCUGCUGCUAUUCCGCGUGUCCGGCCUGGACAGUCUAAGCACGCUCUUUCCCAACCUCACCGUCAUACGGGGACGGAACCUCUUCUACAACUAUGCCCUUGUGAUCUUUGAGAUGACCAGCCUGAAAGACAUCGGCCUGUACAACCUGAGAAACAUCACCCGCGGCGCCAUCCGUAUUGAGAAGAACCCCGAGCUCUGCUACCUGGACUCCAUAGACUGGUCCCUUAUCCUGGACGCAGAGUUCAACAAUUACAUUGCAGGGAACAAGCAGUCCAAGGAGUGCAGCGACGUUUGUCCAGGCAUCAUGGAGAACAACCCUCAGUGCAGAAAGACCAUGUUCAACAACAACUACAACUACCGCUGCUGGAAUUCCAAUCACUGCCAGAAAGAAUGUCCAGAGAAAUGUGGACGGCGAGCGUGCACAGCGGACGGCGAGUGCUGCCAUCCUCAGUGUCUGGGCAGCUGCACGGUCCCUGGAAGUGACGCAGCAUGUGCAGCAUGCGCGCAUUACUACCACGAGGGACACUGCGUGGCCGACUGCCCUCCCGGGACCUACAAGUUCGAGGGCUGGCGAUGCAUCAGUGCCAAGCUCUGCUCCGAAGUCCUUCCCCCUGAAUUAAACAGCUACAUCAUCCACGGUGGAGAGUGCAUGUCUGAAUGCCCACAUGGGUACAUGCAGACCACACCCAACAGUAUGUUCUGUACAGCCUGUGAUGGUCUGUGUGAUAAAGUGUGUGAGGAGAAGGUCAUCGACUCCGUGGAUGCCGCUCAGUCUCUCAAAGGCUGCACUGUUAUCAAAGGCAACCUGCAUAUCAACAUCCGCAGAGGCCACAACAUGGUGACAGAGCUGGAGAGUUUCACAGGUUUGAUCCAGAGGGUAACCGGUAAUGUGCGGAUCAGACAUUCCCACACUCUGAGCUCCCUGGCCUUCCUCCGCAGCCUCAGAUACAUCGAUGGAGAAGACCUUCUGGACGACAUGUACGCCUUCUUGGCAGUUGACAACCAGCAGCUCCAGUAUCUGUGGGACUGGAAGCAGCACAACCUCACCAUCAAGGCCGGAAAGCUGUUCUUCAGAGCCAACCCCAAGCUCUGCAUGUCCGAGAUCCGCAAGAUGUGGGAGAAGACGGGCAUCCAGGGCCGCUUUGAUGAGAGCGCUUUCCGAAACAACGGCGACAGAGCCAGCUGUGAAAGUACAAUCCUGAGGUUUAAGUCCAACAGCACCAGCAGUACAAGGAUCAAACUGACCUGGCAGCGCUACCGUCCCCCUGACUACAGAGACCUCAUAAGCUUCAUUGUCUACUAUAAGGAGGCGCCAUUCCAGAACAUUACAGAGUUCGAGGGGCAGGACGGCUGCGGCUCCAACAGCUGGAAUAUGGUGGACGUGGAGCUGAGGCCAGACAAAGAGUCAGACCCUGGAGUUCUGCUGUCCGGUCUGAAGCCCUGGACGCAGUACGCUGUGUUCGUUAAGGCUAUCACACUCAUGGUGGAGGACAAACAUCUGCCAAGUGCCAAGAGCAAGGUGGUCUACAUUCGCACCAGCCCUUCAGCACCCUCCAUGCCUCAGGAUGUGCGAGCGUACUCUAACUCCUCUACACAGCUGGUGGUGCGUUGGUCGCCCCCUAUCUCACCAAAUGGAAACCAAACUUACUACCUGGUCAGAUGGCAGCAACAAGCCGAAGAUCGAGAGCUGUAUCAGCACAAUUACUGCUCUAAAGAGCUGAAGAUCCCCAUACGGAUCUCUGCCAUAGGUUUGGGGGACCAGGAAGAGGACACGAAGCCCACUAAACCGGAUUCUGACGGGCCGGACAAAGGUCCCUGCUGCCCCUGCCCCAAAUCAGUGGAGGACCUGGAGGCCGAAGCUGCUGACGCCUCCUACAGAAAAGUCUUCGAAAACUUCCUGCACAACUCCAUUUUUACACCAAGGCCACCAGAUCGCCGGCGUAGAGAUCUCUUCGGCAUAGCCAACGGCACUCACCCUCAUCCCCGCCGCAACCGGCUGCACUUCAACAGCAGCACCGUCCCUCCUCUCCAAGCCGCCGGUAACAGCAGCACUGUUGAUGCGGAGCCAGCCGACAGAGAGUUUGAGUUUGAGGAGCAAGCGGUGACGGAGCGGGAGCUGCAGAUCUUUGGCCUGCAGCCGUUCACAGUGUACCGCAUCGACAUUCACGCCUGCAAUCGUCAGGUUCAACGCUGCAGUGCAGCAGAGUUCGUCUUCUCCAGAACCAAGCCUGCAGAAAAGGCUGACGACAUACCCGGCCCCGUGAGCUGGGAGGGCCACGAGGACUGGGUGUUUCUGCGCUGGCCAGAGCCUCCUCACCCCAAUGGGCUCAUCCUCAUGUAUGAGAUCAAGUUUAAACUGGCUGCUGAGACCGAGAAGCACGAAUGUGUCUCUGGUCAGAUGUAUCAGGCCCAGCGGGGCGUUCGGCUGGCCAACCUCAGUCCAGGGAACUACUCAGUCAGAGUGAGAGCGACGUCACUGGCUGGGAACGGCUCCUGGACACACAAUCUGGACCUCUACGUGGCUGAACGAUAUGAAAACGUCCUCUACGCGAUGAUUUUUGUUCCUAUCUUCAUCAUCCUCAUCAUCUGCCUUUUAGUUUCGCUGCUGGUGGCCCUCAGCCGGAAAAGGAACAGUGACCGGCUGGGAAAUGGGGUUCUGUAUGCUUCAGUCAACCCAGAAUACUUCAGCGCUGCAGAAAUGUAUGUACCAGAUGAGUGGGAGGUGGCACGGGAGAAGAUCGCCUUGAGUCGGGAGCUCGGCCAGGGCUCCUUCGGCAUGGUGUACGAGGGCCUGGCAAAGGGCGUGGUCAAAGAUGAACCGGAGACCCGGGUCGCAAUUAAGACCGUCAACGAGUCGGCCAGCAUGAGGGAGAGAAUAGAGUUUCUCAAUGAAGCUUCUGUCAUGAAGGAGUUUAACUGUCACCACGUGGUUCGUCUCCUGGGAGUGGUGUCUCAGGGCCAGCCCACCCUGGUCAUCAUGGAGCUGAUGACACGAGGAGACCUGAAGAGUUACCUCCGCUCCCUCCGACCUAAAGAGCAACAGUGGUCGAGCCUGUCUCUCCCUCCUCUGAAGAAGAUGCUUCAGAUGGCCGGGCAGAUUGCUGACGGCAUGGCUUACCUCAACGCCAACAAGUUUGUCCACAGAGAUCUGGCAGCCAGGAACUGCAUGGUGGCGGAGGACUUCACUGUUAAGAUAGGAGACUUUGGCAUGACCAGAGACAUCUAUGAGACAGAUUACUACCGCAAAGGUGGUAAGGGUCUGCUCCCUGUCCGCUGGAUGUCUCCCGAGUCUCUGAAGGACGGAGUCUUCACCACCAACUCUGAUGUCUGGUCAUUCGGGGUUGUGCUGUGGGAAAUUGCCACUCUGGCAGAGCAGCCCUACCAAGGCCUGUCCAAUGAGCAGGUGCUCCGCUUUGUCAUGGAAGGAGGGCUGCUGGAGAAACCUCAGAACUGUCCUGACAUGUUGUUCGAGCUGAUGCGAAUGUGCUGGCAGUACAAUCCUAAAAUGCGUCCGGCCUUCUUGGAGAUCAUCAGCAGCCUAAAGGAUGAGCUGGACCCGUCUUUCAGAGAGGGCAGUUUCUUCUACAGCGCCGACAACAAGCUGCCCGACGCUCCGCAGCUCCACCUGGACAAGGUGGACAACAUGGAAAAUAUUCCCCUGGAGCCUCCUUCUUCCUCACAGUCACAGCAAACCCCAGCUCCCCAACAGACCCCACCCUCCCCGAGCUCAGAGGCUCCACCCGCCUCCUCGUUAGCCCCCAGCUCCCCCUCCUCCCCCUGCACGUCGACCGCCGCCACGGACAAGCAGCCCCCCGGCCAGCCGGCAGCCAACGGGCUAUCGGGGGCCGGCCUCGCGACGGCAGGGUCAGGGGCGUCUCGGCCGUCUCUGGACGAACUGCCGCCGUACGCGCACAUGAACGGAGGACGCAAAAACGAGCGCGCCAUGCCCCUCCCACAGUCCUCUGCCUGCUGAUUGGACAGAGACACACACCAGACUGCAAACCCUGCCACCUUCUGAUGUCUCAGUGGGUGGUUGUUUUUUUUUUUGUUUUUUUUUAAUACAUACAGCAAAACCAUGUCCACCAGCUGGGUGUGGCUAAUCAGUGAGGAGAAAAGACUCGCUGGAAGGUGGAGAAAACUGUCACUAAGUCCAUGUUCUGCUGUACCUCCACACACCCUUUUCAUAUUAUUCUAGUUUUGGUUUCUACCAGCUGGCUGUCAGACGUGACACUGCCCUCGCUGCUGAGUGGGAAGACCAACAAAAACGGUAAAAGAAAGAAAAAGAAAAAAAUUAUUUGGGGGAGAUCUCUCUCUCUCUCUCUCUUUAUGGCUGAACUUAUUUUAUAAAUUGUCGUUUGUUACUUUUUUAUAUGUAUUUUCAAAUGGGAAAACAAUAUGUGUAGGCCUUUAUAAAUGACCGGCGCUUUGGUCGCUUUUGAGCGGGCAUUAUGGUGAAACUGUUAAGCAUAUCUAAUGAAGAAGCACUUCAGAGAGGUCAGCGGCGGUCGUUCAGUAGUCUCGUUGUUCUGCAGGCUGGGUGUCAGCGUAAUGCCGGGUCAACAGCCGAUCCGCUGAAACAAACAACCAGAGGGAGAAAGGUCAGAUCUGCCAAAUUUGUUGCCAAAAUUGUACUUUUUGUCAAAUUCUCUCUUCUGCAGUCUUGCCCUGUAAUUCUCCAACACACCAGACUGAAAAUUGAAGCAACAAAAAGCACUUUGAUCUGCUCAACAUCAUUCUUAUAAUCUGUUUUCGAAGGAAUAUUAAAGGGACAGUUCAUCCCAAAAUCAAAAAUAUGUGUUUUUCUCUUACCUAUAGUGCUAUUUAACAAUUUAUUUUGCUGAAUAUUGGAGAAAUCAGCCGUAGGGAUGUUUGCCUUCUCCCAAAUAUAAUGGAACUAUAUUGCACCAUUGGAACAGGCUAACACCUUUUUGUCAGAUGACAAAAACAACUGCAAUAAACAAUAUUAUUGUUACUUCAAGACCAAUUUAUGCCACUGAUAGCAUGAUAAUAUCAUAGCAUAAUUAUGCAAGUAGACCUUUCAAAGAGCUCUGAACUUUUACUUCUUAAGAAUAUUUAGACAAUGGAAGUGAAAAGUAUUAAAACAUCCAAAUGAAAAAUAAAAUAAAAUGAAACCACACGACUAAAACAAAAAAAAAAAUUGUUCCUGCCAAUCCAGUUCUUCAUUGGUUAGGACCUAGCAAAGUUUUUCUUUUUGGCUUAGGUGCUGCACCAACGUUUUAUAGUGGUUGGAAAAGUCUAGCGGAUUAUUCUGGCACAAUGUUUUCUGACGUAAACAAACACACUUAAACACAAUGGGCGAUAUUGUACGAUAUAUAGACAUCUCUAUGGCCGAUAUUUCCAAUCACCAAAACAACUGAGAUUGAUAAAUAGCACUACAGGUAAGAGAAAUAUAGUUUGUUUUCAGAUUUGGGUGGGAUGAACUGUCCCUUUAACUUCCCUCUACAGUCCUACACUACUACACUACUACUACAGCUACUGCACUCUAUCUAAUCGUGGACCUUGGUUUUAUCAGUUUAACUGAAAUUGAGCCACAUCCUCUCACAAAGUGCCGUUCCGUUACGGUUUAAACGCCAAAUCCAAUUAUUAAAGAAGCAAAAAAUUUAAAAUAAAAUCCUUGAAGCGAGGACUGCGGAGGGAAGUGUAUAAAGAGGAAAUCAAACGUGGUCUCUCGAUCAGUUCAGAGGCGUCCUCUUUGUUGUAUACAAACAGGUA